AUGCUGUUUGCAAUCACUUGCGCUCUGAUCGCACUCAGGCAAUAUGUUGCUGCCGAAGGUGAACUUUGCCCUGCGUCGCUGGACUUAGAUCUACAGCUAACUGAAGAACAGAGGAGAAUAUUCCUUAAUGGCCACAAUGAUCUUCGUAGACGAAUCGCGCACGGUACACAAGCAAACAAGAACGGACUCCCGAGUUUGGGACCCGCAAAGAACAUGUAUGCCCUCCAAUGGGAUUGCUUUAACGAAGCUCUAGCUCAAGAAUCCAUGGCCGAAUGUUCCCUAGAGAAUCCAGUAGACGUUUCUCGCAACAUGAUCCAGAUGUCUGAUUCCGCCGCUCUUAGCGAUGACAUUUACAUGUAUCUUGCGAUAGACCAGUGGAUAUCGCAGGUGACGUACUUCGGCAAGAAGGAGCCCACCAACGUUUACGAUGGAACGCUAUGUCAAUUCACUAACAUGGUACAUGCGAAUACCACAACAGUAGGUUGCGCCUUCAAGAGAUGCAAUGGCAAUGUCUUAGUCACCUGCCUCUACGAUAAGUGUGGUACCAAGGAGAAAUUGAUGUGGGAGAUGGGCCAACCCUGUCAGCGCGAUGGUGACUGCACUACAUUUGACGACUCCAAAUGCAAUGAAGGUCUUUGCGAACUCGAGGAGGACCCCUACAGCGACUAA